UGUUGGAUUUUUGUUUGGUGUUUGUUCCAGGAAACGUCCGAAUCGCCCCAACAACACGCUGUGGGCGUUGGCGCGAUGCUCGGCGGCGGCAUGAGCAGCAGCAGCAGCAGCAGCAGCAGCGCAGCCGCCGCAGCCGCAGCCGCCGCCGCCGCAGCCGUUGCCGCGGCAGCCGCUGCCCACGAGCAGCAGCCACAGACGGCGCCGCUGCGCCUGCUGACGUGCGUGUACUGCGGCGCCUCGUUCCCCAACCAAAGCAAACUAACGAGUCACUUGUUCUCGCACUCGCUGAAGUUCCCCGACCCCACCGCCCUGCUGCACUCGCAGCUGCGCACCGCCCACGAUCUGAACCUGUCGCACCUGCCGCAGCCGUUCGCGUUCCAAGCGGCAAUGGCGGCCAGCGCCGGCAGCAGCGAUCCGCAGGAGCAGGCCGCCGCUAUGGUCGCCGCCUUCGGCCUUGACAUGGAGAUGGUCAGCUGCACCAUACAGAACCUGACGGCCAGCUGCCUGGAGGCAGCCGUCGGCAGCGGGGCGCCCGGCUCCAGCGGUGCUGGCGGUCGCCUUGGACUGGGCGGCUCAUCGACAUCCGGAAAUGGCGGCAUGGCGGGCACAUCCGCUGCCCUGUUGCUGGGCAACUCUGGCCCCGGCAGUGGCAGUGGCGGCGGUGGCGGCGGUGGUGGUGGUGCUUGUGGUGCUGGUAUGGGAAUGGGUGGCAGUGGCAGCGGCGGCGGCGGCGGCGGCGGUGGCUCCUCGUCGCCCUCAACGUCCGCCGCAGCGUCGGCAGCGGCGCAGUCCGGCUCGUCGGGAGCGACGCAGUCCGGCUCGUCGGCCGCCUCGCUGCUAGCCGCGUCAAGUGAUCCGAAUAGUGUUGUCAUGUGUGAUCGACCAUUUAAAUGUGAGUUUUGUGGCAAAGCGUUUAAGCUGCGCCACCACAUGAAAGAUCAUUGUCGCGUGCACACGGGUGAACGACCCUUCAGAUGCCACAUGUGCGGAAAAACAUUCUCACGCUCGACGAUCCUCAAGGCGCACGAGAAAACGCAUUUUCCCAAAUAUGUGCGCAAAUUUCUGUCACCCAGCCCGGUCGAUACAAAGGACGAGCUGCCGCAAUAGUGAAACGAUUUUAGUUUGUUAUUAAAUUAUUAUUAUUAUUACUACUACUAUUAUAAUAAUAACAA